AUGUGCAACGGUAUCGACCCGUCAACAGUACAAACGACACCGCAAGAAGUGCCAUUAAUGAUGACAUUCGCCAACAUCUACCAGUUUCUAGUUUUGGAUCCCAACCCGUUUACUGGUGAACCAAAAGAUUGUGGAAAAGGAAUGGAUGCGAUUUUUUAUUAUAAAAACGGAUGGGUCAAGAGUGUUUCUGGACGAAGAGUGCAAGAUAUAUAUGUGGGGCACGGAGUUGUUCGGCAUUCGUUCGCGCUUAACGAAAAGCCUCUUAAUCCUUGGAUUUUGAUUGAUGAGCAUGGCAAGAUCCUUGCAGCACAUUGCAACUGCGCUAUCGGGCUUCUAGAAGCAUGCAGUCACAUAGGAGCUACCUUAUUUGCCCUUGAAGGAAUUCGAACAUCCGUCCUCGAAAAAAAGUUGUCGGUAACAGAUUUGCCGGCAUACUGGAGAAAACCUCCGGCAAGUAUCAGCGACAACUUAUAUAAAAAGGUGCGUGAUAUUGAUUUUGGCAGGCGCAUACAAAAAAACAUUUUGUCUAUCAAUCCGUUAAGUUGUUACGAAUCCAGAUGUCGAGACCUCUUAAGCGUGCUCCAGGCGGAUGGCUUGAAUGUUACUGCUGCUAGCCUAUACUGCGGUGAAAUUAAUAUGGACUAUUGCUGUGCAAAUUGCUCGUAUGCGACAAAUUUGAGAGAACAGCUGGAUGACUACAACCUUCAGUUACUCCAUGACCCGUUAAACAUGCAAUCGAUUGCUGAAUUGAGAGAACGUGCAUUCGAGUACAUCCAAAACCUUCCGAGUGAUCCGGCAAUGUUGAAACGAAUCGACGACUUAACUGCUGAAUAA